GUUUCAUUCGAUAUUUGCAAAUUAUCUAGACCUAGAGAGGAACUAUGCAAUACGACCCUAAGAACAUGAUUUUCCGUCGCCUUGGGCCUAGUGGGCUGCGUGUGCCGGUAUUCUCGCUCGGUGGAUGGCUGACUAUCGGAGGGACUGUCAAGGGUGACCCUGUCAAGGACAUAAUCAAAACGGCCUUCGAACAUGGAAUUAACAUGUUUGACACAGCUGAAGGGUAUGAGGCUGGAAAGUCAGAAGAGGAAAUGGGACGAGUGUUCAAGGAACUGGGAAUAGAGCGAUCAUCGCUCGUUAUUUCAACUAAACUCUUUUGGGGGCCAGGGAAAGGCCCUAACGCAGGUGGUCUCUCACGUAAACACAUCAUCGAGGGUACUCAAGCAUGUCUCAAACGCCUCCAAAUGGACUACGUUGACAUUAUCUUCGCACACCGGCCGGAUAGAUCAGUUCCCAUGGAAGAAACUGUACGCGCGUUCAACUACGUCAUAGACCAGGGCUGGGCGUUCUAUUGGGCGACAUCAGAAUGGACUGCAAGAGAGAUUGAGGAGGCGUAUCACGUCGCAGAUAAAUUGAAUCUCAUACCGCCAAUUGCUGAACAAUGCAGGCAUCAUAUGUUCUCCCGCGCGCGUCCAGAGGGCGAAUACGCUCCAAUAUACGCCAAAUACGGUAUCGGUACAACCGUCUUCUCAGGACUCGGCGGUGGUCUACUCACAGGAAAGUAUAAAGGUGGUAAUGUUCCAGCGGGAUCACGCUUCGAUACACACAAGAAUUUCUUCAAAGAGGUGAUCGACGGCUGGAAUACCGAAGAAGGCAAGAAGACAUUUGCAAAGAUAGACCAGUUGACAGAGAUUGCUGAGAAAGAAUUAAACUGCAAACUCUCCCAUCUCGCCCUCGCCUGGGUCGCUAAACAGCCCAGUACAAGCACCGUCAUCCUCGGCGCCUCUCGCCCCGAGCAAGUCGUCGAUAAUCUCAAAGCGCUUGACGUCCUUCCCAAACUCACACACGACGUCCUUGAGCGCAUUGAGAACGUACUGGAAAAUAAGCCUGUGCCAGAGUCGAUGUAUGGACGUCCGCCUUUGGAUACGACGUUUAGGUCUAUGUAUUGAGUUGUGUUAGUUGGAUUGGAUUGAUUCGAAAGCAGUGAGUGGUUUUUGAGUGGAUCGGACCGGA